CACCCAUAGCAUCCUAUAUAAACGGUUCAUUGAGGUCUCAGCACUUAUUCUUUUAUUGAAUUUAACUACGAAUCACUAUUGAAAGUUAUAAUGUUUGUUAUAAAGGCGAUAUUCUCUGUUUUGUCUGUUUUUCUGUCGGUGGAAGCUGUUCCUGUGGUUUUUAAAGAAUCCACACCCAAUGGAGAAUCCAUAGUCGCGAUAUCAUCUUCCGAUCCAAACGUAGAGAAAUAUUUCACUGAACAAUUUGCUACCAGAUCUGGCUUCACACAAGUGCAUCCUGAGGAACAAAAUCGUCCAUACAACAAUGGACCUAAUGGGCAAGGAGUACACUCAAGCGUCAGUAUCGCUGUACCUGGCAAGGCUGUUGCGGGAGCCGGGAGAAGCUUCGCAUCAGCAUCCACGGGACCAUUCGUCCCACUCUUCGCAUUCCCCAUAGCCCCUGAAGGCUUUGGCUUCAAUAACUUUGACCUCAAAGACUGGGUUCGAAACGUUGAAAGCUUCUACAACCCACACUUUGCUGGCAAUGGACAAGUAAACACUGCAACUGCAAUUAACGAUAACGGUCACAUCUAUGGUAAUGUCAACAAAGUCGCGUUUGAUAAUAGAGAAAAAAGCACUGAUAAUUUUAAUAGCAUGGUAAAAAAAUCAGAUAAUUCUGGUAAAAUUGAGUCACCAUUUGAUAAGAAAGCGAAGAACAAUGCAAUCAAUGACAACAAAGGAGGUUAUAGAAGCUUUUGAUGGUGAUCUUAUUUUGAACUGUAUUACACUCUUACACUGAUUUGUCAAUUAUUCAACGAUAAGUUUCGUAUUAAUUAAGUUAAGAAUAUGAUUCAGUAAUAAACACAAUUUAAAAAUCAA